AUGCAAACCCCUGAAAGUCUGUCUUCUUUUAAUGAAUGCCCUAGGCCUUCUUCACUUGCACAACCCUCCCUAACAGCCUAUGAAUGUGUAGUGGAAUCCCGCAAUGCGUCACCGAAUUUGAUGGCAGGCACAAUUCUGGCUAGUUCUCCGCACUACUUUUCUGCAGUUGAAGACUAUCAUGCCUGUUUAAUGAAAAACUGGCUGGCUCUGGCUACCUUGCGGAGCAAACAAAAUCUCCCCCAAUCACACUGCCUGUAUGAACAAACAAACUUUGUACAACCAGCUUACGUGGAAAAGAUUCGAUAUUCUUUCUAUGCCAAUAGACUCGUGACAUCCAUGUACUGA